AUGUCGAACAUAGGAGGGUCAGGACCCACAGACGUCAACCAUGCCCUCGAUGGGCAGUCCCAGGUCACCUUCAUCGUCUCCAUCCUCAGCCUGGCGACGGUGAUCUCAACAGCAGUAGUCGUCCUGCGCAUCUUCACCCGUUCGCGAAUUCUGCGAACAUUCGGUCCCGACGAUGCGGUGAUGGGUAUAGCACAAUUACUCACGAUAGGAGCUGCUGUAGCUAUUGGUCUCGAAACAAAAUGGGGACUGGGACGCCACGUCUGGCUCAUGGAGGCAGAAAACUACACGCCAUAUAUGAAGGCUUUCUACUCAUCCAUUGUCGUGUACAACGUUGCGACGUGUGUUGUCAAGAUUUCCAUCCUGCUGCAAUACCGCCGCAUCUUUACUGGCCAGGUCAUGCAGAAGCUGACCAUGGCCGGGCUCAUCUUUGAGGGAAGCUGGGCGCUCUGUCUCUCGAUCCUGCUGCCUCUGGUUUGCAGCCCAGUCCAAAACUUCUGGGAUCCUGCCGUUCCGGGUCAUUGUCUUAACCAGCUGGCUAUCUGGUAUGUCAUGGCGUCGAUCAACUUGGUCUCGGAUUUCGUCAUCUUCAGCAUGCCACUGCCGGUCAUCAAGAACCUGCAGCUGCCGAAGAAGCAGAAGAUCAUGUUGAUGGGCGUGUUUUGCCUUGGCUUUCUCACCUGUAUUAUUUCCAUCUACCGUAUGAAAACCCUCAGAGUUGCUGGAGAAUCGACCGACCCGAGUUGGGACAACACCGAUGCCGCCGUGUGGUCAUUCAUCGAGCUUUCAAUCGGAGUGCUUGCCGCCUGCCUUCCGACCCUUCGGCCCCUAUUCGCUCUCAUCCUGCCCCGCCUCUUCAAGUCGACCAUGUCAGGGAGGACAGGACAGUACAACGGGCUCUCUGGCAAGAGCACAGGAAACAUGUACAAUCGGUCCAGGACUGGUAAUCACACAGGCACCAACAAAAGCAAAAACGGGGGGACCUAUCUGUAUCCGUCGGACGUUGAAAGCGAUACAGAUGCUCUGAGGGGGAACGGGAGCAGAGGGUCUGGCGGCGGUCUCGAACUACCAAUAAUGUACAACGUGACGGUGACUGGAGGCAAAAAAGGAAGUCGGCAAUCGGAGAUGCGAACUGGCGCACGGAGUGACUCUUUGUCAGGGAUUCAAACGACUACUGUUGUCACACAGAGAGUUGAUUCUCUCUAG